GCCAAGCAACGCAAAGCCUCGACACGUUGUGCGCCCCUCUACCAGUCUUGCGACAGCUUGGCAGCAUGCAGAUUGCGAGCGGCUGCGGAGGGGCUGUGAUGAGCGGACGGGCGCUGGCGGGUCAUCGCUCCCCCACCUUUCUCCUCCUCCGCCUUCUCAGCUUCGUCUCGGCGCCGCUUCGGUGCCAUGGCUGGUCCGGACGCGUCCACUGGGGGUUGCGCUCGGACCAGGAAGAAAGAGGCGUGAGAGCGAGCCGCUACAGAAAUGGACAACGGUGACAGGCUCUUUAUGACGGCUCGCCGUCUGCUGUGUCUUUGUAGCAAUAGGCAUUAACAAAUACUAAUACGUAGCAGUCGCGGUUUGCGCCAGUAUGCUAUGUUUUGCCGACACCACGCCACGGACAGGGGUGUUCCUGGGGGGCUUCGCCCCCCCCCCUGGAACGCUUCGCUGGGGGGGCUCAGCCCAAAAAUGUGGGUCGAAUGAUCUGAGGUGUUGAGACGACAGCCAGGCUGUCAGGUGUGCUCAAAGAAAGACGCCGUGGGCCUUCUGAGGCAUUGUUGGAGCGCGCUGUGGGGCGGGCGGUCGAUGAACCUCAAAGCAUGGCGCUGCAGACUUUGACUGCUCCUACGUACGUGACGGAUCGUGUUGCAACACGUUGCACUCAGUACUUGACUUGGUUGGGGAGCUUGUUCGGAGUACGACUCGGAGCCCUAUGGUAUAGGAUUCGUGUCCCCCCACACACGCUGCACAGAAUCUCCGCAUGGCACGAGUGUGUGGUGGUGGAAUGGCCAAUACUUGAAUAGUCAUGUUAGUUGCCCAUCCAGUCAAGCACUGUAGUACAGAGGCGCAGUGUUCGGGAACAAACAACGGACAUGUGUCACCAACAGCAGCAGCACUCCAGCAAGACUCUUGGAAGUGCCUGCAUUCCCCAUCCCCCGCAUGGGAGAGGAUCCGCCCGCCGCACGUGCAGUUACUGUAAUACUGUUGAGCC